AUGAAGACCAACAAAGGAGGAAGAUUUAGAUCUUCCUUUAAAUUGAAAAAAAAAGGCAUCAAAGUAACAGGAAAAUGGAAAACUGUAGAGAUCGACCCAAGUCUAUUUGCUGAUGAGGAUUUUGGUGACAUAGUGUGCUUGGAGGAGCUUACAGAUUACAAACUAGUAAGUUCUUCCAAACUAGGGGAGGUAAAAGAGAAGAAGAGAAAGGCUGAUAGUGUCUCAGAUGAAGACAGUGAGGAGCAAGCACCUGUUGUCUCUCCCAAGAAGAAAAAGAAAACUAAAGGUUUAAGAAGCAAAACGGAUACCAGCAAUGAACCUUGUGCAGCAGAAAUAGAUGUGUCAGUUGAUAAAGAGGCAAAUUGCAAGGACCGUGGACACGUGGCUGAGACCACUUCAAGCAAAAAAGAUGCUCCAAAGAAAAAGAAGAUAGCGAAGAAUAAGGCUUCUCAAGCUCAGGAAGCUCUUCCAUCAGUACCUACUUCUAAAAAAGUUAAAAACUGGACGACAGAAGUUUUGUCUGCCUCAGCGAAUCACAAAGCUGACGUGUCGGCAUGGAAAGAUCUGUUUGUACCUGAACCAGUGUUGCGGGCCUUGAGCUACCUGGGGUUUAGUGCUCCAACUCCUAUUCAAGCCUUAGCCUUGCCUUCUGCCAUCCGGGAUAAUAUGGAUGUUCUCGGUGCUGCAGAAACAGGAAGCGGCAAAACGCUUGCGUUUGCAAUUCCAAUGAUUCACUCUGUGCUGCAGUGGCAAAAAUUAAAUAGCUCAACAGCCAGAAAUGACAGUGUUUCUGAAGAGUCCCAUCAGCAUCAUGAUGAAACAAGAUGGGAAAAUGAGGAUGAAGCAGAAAAACUAAACCAUCAGCACGUUGAAGACAGUGGAGAUGAAGAUGAUACAUCUUUCACAACAGGUUCUGCGAAGGUGUUUGAGAAUUUUGAAUUUAAUUCUAGCGAUAAGGCAUGUACCGUUGGUUUCAACAAGAAGAGACCUCUUUUAGGACUGGUCCUUACUCCCACAAGAGAAUUAGCUGUACAAGUAAAACACCACAUUGAUGCAGUUGCAAAGUUUACAG